AUGGCCAGAAUCAACUUUUAUAUCUGGCUCCUUGUGCAUUUGUUUGUCUGUUCAGUGGCCCAACGCUUCAGCAGAGCUCUGUAUCCCUCGGCAUACAGGAUAAAGACGGGGACACAUUCUCGGCUCAACCCAACAUUCCAGCGCUCUCAGAAGGACGUAGACCUGCUGUUUGAGAUCCUGUUGGCUGGAACACAGAUUGACAGCAGAGAGCACCGGUUGUUUGUCCUGGAUGAGGAGCUGGCGUCCCUCAGACAGGUGAAAAAGCUGGAGGUGAUCUGUGAGGAUGUUCUGCCUAAGACUCUGUCUGAGGUGAGGCAUGUGGUGGACCUGCUGUCCCACCGGAAUGUCCCCCUGCACUGGGACGACUACCAAAGGACUGUGCUGACGCUGGUUUACAUCAGUCACACUGUAGCUCGCCUGGACUCUGAGCUCUCCCAACAGGCCUGGGGCACAGUGCUUAUUCAAUUGUUCAAUGCUCUCCACAAGGACCUCACCAUAAACUGA